AUGUCUCAAUCCAAGGACAAGAACAAGAUGGCUGAGAUAUUGGAGGAGAAUGAAUCAUUGAAGAGGUCAAUGCAACAGAAUACUCAAGUCUAUCAGGAUCAAACUGAAGCUUUGAAGCACAAUAUAAAGAGCCUGUAUGAUACGAACAAGCAGCUGGAGGAUGAGAUAUUGAUGGUCAAGAAGGACAUGCAACAGUACUUUAUAAAGUCUGAGGAGCAACAGGCCACCAUCAGGAAGCUGCAGGUUGAUAUUGCCGAACUCAUUUGCUCAAAGGAGGAGUUGGAGACCAGUAUUGACAACUAUAAGAAGUUGGUUAAUGAUGGUCAGAUGAUGAUGCAGCAGAGUGAUGUACAACCGCCCUCGGUCGUCGUCUCUUCAGAUGGAGGAGAGGGAGAGGAAUCAAACGAUCAGGAUCAAAUUCAGGGUCAGGGCCAGGCCCAACAGACACUUGCCACACCAUCACCAAUGCUGGGAUCCAUGACUCCACUAUCCAUUCAGCUAUUGCCACUCAAUCAACUUCUUACAUUGUUGGAUGACGAUGAAUGUUGGGGUCAAGAGGAUAAGGACCAGAUCAAGACUCAGAUCAAGACCAAGCUCACAGAGCUGUAUGAUAGCAAGAAGCAGAUGAUGGCGACAUCAAGCACGAAUAGCUCACAGAAUGGAACACCUUUGCUCAACUCACAGAAGAAGGACAUGAUAUUCCAUCCUUUGGGCGAACCUUUGUUCAACCCAGAGGAUGAGAAAGAGAAGUCCAAACUGCGCGAGACAAUCAAGAGUCUGAUGGAGCAGAUCAAGGAGAAUGAUGGACGCACGAACAAGCAACAGACAGAGGCAAAGGACUUACAGACUCAGGUCGAUUCACUGAAUCUUAGUGUCAAGGAGUGGCAGGACAAGCAUCGCGCCGCAGAGAUACAUCGCGUCAAGAUCGAGGAGAAGUUGGAGGCCGACAUCAAGAAGUUGGUCAACGACAUCAGUGUAUUGAAUGGCGAGAAGGAUGACCUGGUCAAUCAGAAGGCACAAGUGCUGCAGGAGUUGCAACAGACGAUCACCAAGCAUCAAUCUGCCAUCACUGAUAUUGAGAAGGCCAACAACGAAGCAAAGGAGCAACAAGAGAAGCAACUCAAUGAUAAGAUCAACGAGCUCAAGGAGCAAAAGAUGCACUACGAGACGAUGGUGUCAGACUCUACGGAUCAAUCACACAUUUACAAGUUGUCACGAGACGAGUAUGCACAGUCAUUGAAGACAAUGAGUGAGGACCUUGGUAUUAAGGAUCAGUUGAUCGAGGCAAAGGGAAGCGAGAUCAGUCAGUUGAAGGAGACGAUCAAUAACUUGGAGAAGGACUGCAAGCAGACCAAGGCUGUGUUGUUGGAACGAGAGGCCGAGCUCAAUGACACCCGUGCCAACACUGAGAGUGUAUCGACCAUGAUCAAGAAGGCCGAGGAGAAGUUGACCCGCGAGCGAGCCAGCUUUGACUCGUUGACGACAAAGUUCAACAAACUCAAUCAAGACUACUCGGAGCUGGAGACAAAGAGCAACGAGUUUGAGAAGCAGCAGAAGGAAUCAGACGAGAGGAUUUUGAGGAUGGACGAGUCCAAUGCAUCAUUGGUCGAGCGAACUACUCAGCUGGGCGAUCAGUUGGAUCAGCUACAGACUGAACUCAAAGACAAGACAAGACAGAUUGAGGAGUUGAGCACAUCACUGGAGGAGGCCAACAAACAGUUGGGUGAACUGAAGGAUCUGCAGCAACUAUAUGAUGAGACGAAGCAGAAGCAUGAGGAGACUCAGGCCUCAUGCGCUGACCUCCAACUUGUUGUGCCACAAUACGAACAGUUAAAGGUUGAGCACCAAGAGGCCCUGGACAAGGUGAACAAGCUAGAGACAGCACUGGCAGAUGCAGACACUGAGAGAAAGAUUGCCGAGAAGAAGAAGGAUAAGAUGAUUAAGGAUCUCAAGACAGAGUUGACAAAGGAGCGUUCAAAUGCUAGCCUCUUGUCACAAUCAUCAAACAGCAUUCCAAGCACGCCAAACAUGUCUCCAUUGUCACAAUCAUCUGGUAGCAUAUCGAUGCCAACUACCCCAAUGACAACACCAAUGAAGACCCACCUCAGGACCAUGUCCAAGGGUGAACCAUUGGCGCCAUCCACUCCGCCAACAGGUACAACUCCACGUAUGGCAGCACCAAUGAUGAUACCAGGUCUACCACCAAAGGGAGCUCAACAUGGAAACAGUGAAUCAAUGCGUAAUGAUAUUGAGAUCAUGGGCAAGAAGCUUGGUGAGCUUGGCACCGAGAAGUACAAGCUGGAGGAGAAAAUCAGACUGCUUGAAGAGAAUGUAUCAUUAUUGAACCAGGAUAUUGAGAAGAAGAACAGCGUCGUGCGAUUCUACAUUUCAAAGACACAGUUGGGCAAGGCGACAACUACCGACGAGAAGACCAAACGACUGAAAGGUGGUGCCGCCGGUUCCUUCUGGCGAAACAACGAUCCCCAACUAGUUGGAGAGAUGGUAGAGAAGAUGGAGAAUAUCCUACAAGAGAAUAUCAUGAAGAAUAUUCAAUUGACUAACGACAUGGAAGUACUUGGCAAUGAGACUGGAAGACUGUCAACGGAGAAUAGAGCAAUCAGACAAUUAUUAUUGGAUAAUGGUAUUCCAAUUCCAACGAUCGUUGAGAAUCAACCAAUGACUAGAAGUAGCUCAAAUAAUACGGCCACUUUAAGUAGCAGUGUUGGUAGUAGUCUCGGCAGCAGUAGCAACAGUAUUGGCAGCAGUAGCAAUAGUAUAACAAAUAUUUGGGUUUCCGAGACUAUUGACUGGGAGUCCUGGUAUGGACCGGGGAAUUGUUUGGCUAGAACCUUUCUCGAUAGACCCUUGGUAAAGAUCAACUUGGGAUUGAAGUAA